AGAGCGGACGUGCGCUGCUGCUCCUGCGAAACCCUCGCUCUCGGGCAGCUAUAUUCUACCAACAUAUGGCCAACACACUCACACACACGGUUACACACGCACACCUGUACACCUAGCGCGCGCGCAAAUCGCCGAAAUUAAAACAAAGCAAAUCGGAAAAUGCUUAAAUGUCCACGUGAAACGGUGCACAAAAUAAUCGAGUAACGAAAACAAAUCGAAUCAGUGAAAUUAAAGUGGAGUUAUUGUUUUUUGGAAAAAAUCAAUGCCGUUAACCAACGCACACGGAUACACAUAAACGCACACGUGUGCUCUAAAAGCCAAAACACACCAAUACAACCAGACACACACACAUACACCCGCAAACAGAAGGCCUAACAGAGUGAAAGUAACGGAAUUAGCAGCACAAUUUUGGUCAUAGUUUAGACAAAAACAAUAAACCAAAAAGGAGGACUAAAAAAGCAUGCAACAAAAACAAGCGGCAACAGCAGCCGCCAACGCAGAAGCUACCUGAGCAAGAUAAACACGCAAAACAAAGCGAACUGGGUCAGUAAGCAAAAGGCGGAGGAAGGAGAGAGGAGGAGGAAGAGGAUAAAGGAAAAGGAGCAGGUAGAGCGGCCAGAAUGUUGCAUGUGCUGCAACCAAAUGUGUAGCAUACUUAAUGGUGCGACGCCCAAGCGGAAAUUAACUUUCGAGGUUGGAAGCGUUUUCGACAAACAAUAAACAAUGGCGCUGGGCAACAUCAGCAGCAGCCAAAGUCAAAUCGGGCGAGGCCAUUACAGCUUUAAUCCCAGAAUAGGGACCACAUCAGCAGCAGCUAUAUCAGCAACAGCAGCAGCAGCAGCAACAGCAACAACAGCAACAACAGCAACAAUAGCAACAGCAGCAACAGCAAUAGCAGCAGCAACAAAUCUAAUUACAGAACAACAAUAAGGUCAGGCCCUGGUGCCGCUGAUGAUGAUGAUGUUAGGAAACUUCCGUUUUGUUUGCCCGGGCGGAAAUGAGGCGCAAUAUGUCGUCCAGUCACUGGUUACCUUUCCAACUUUGUGAAUAGUGACCUCGAACGGAUAGAGCUGAAGGAAUCCCAACCUAGCGAUUGCCUGGAAUUUAAUUAAAGUGCAAAAAACACGAACCGGAGUCCGGCGAGGGUCGAAACAAAAGAGCAGUGCCCCAAAGGCGGGCGUGGCGGGGGUGGCCCAUAAAUCUAACCACCUCACCACCCACCACCCACCAUCCACCACCCAUGCUGCACGUUGCUGCAAUCGAGCUGGCCCACGUCUACUGGCCAAUUAGCUGCUGCAACAGCCGAGAGCGGCAAUCGUUUCGGCUCCAUUGAACGCGUACGCCUGCCUCUCUGAUGACUGCCGCCAAAAGACGUGCGGGCAGCAGCAACAGCAGCAGCAGCAGCAGCAGUAAUGGCCACGAGCAGCACUCCCUGCAGCAACAUCUGCAGCAGCAGCAGCAGCAACAGCAUAGUCAGCAGCAGCAACAUCAGCAGGCCCAGCCACACGAGUACCAACAGUUGCUGCAACACCCGCACCAUCACUACCACCAACACUACAGCACCAACAGCAACAGCAAUAGCAACAGCAACAGCAGCAACAGCAACAGCGGCAACAGCAACAACACACAGCAAUACCACCAGAGACAGCAGCAACAUCAGGCGACAUUGCGCGAUUGCUCCGUCAAAUUGCCGCUGGAUAUCCUAUGGCUACCGAAAUCGGCGAUGCGACCGGCUGGUCCCGAUGCCUCGCCCACCGACUGCAUCCUGGUGGUGGGCGUGUCCCGUCCAAAAUUGGCCGUCGUCUUCCUUACGGUCAUGUUGAUCUCGCUGUUCCUCACCUUCCAUGUCCUCUACGAUAGUGCCGUGUACAAUAUCCAAGCGGCCCAGGCGGUCCACGAAAGGCAUCGCCUCUCAUUGGCCGCCUCUGCAUCGGCUUUGGCCUCCUCCUCGUCGUCCAGUUCCGGAUCCUCCUCCUCCUCCGGCGCCUCGAACUCCAAUCAUCUGCCUGCUUUCGUUAAGCCCGUACCCAGUUCCAAUCAGCUAAGCCAUCCCAUGGUCUUUCCCUCCAGUCGUGUGCACUUUCCCAAAACCAGUCGCCGGCUGCCACAGGCACUCAUCAUCGGCGUGCGAAAGUGUGGAACGCGGGCGCUGCUGGAGAUGCUCUACCUCCAUCCACGGAUCCAGAAGGCCGGCGGCGAGGUGCACUUCUUCGAUCGGGACGAGAACUACCUGAAGGGCCUGGAGUGGUAUCGCAAGAAGAUGCCGCACUCGUUCCGGGGCCAAAUAACCAUCGAGAAGAGUCCCAGCUACUUUGUGUCGCCAGAGGUACCGGAACGAGUGCGGGCCAUGAACGCGAGCAUCAAGCUGCUGCUGAUUGUGCGGGAGCCAGUGACCCGGGCCAUUUCGGAUUACACGCAGUUGCGUAGCCAUGCGGCCACCGCCAUCCUGCCGCUGGCCGAGAAGGACCCUCCGAGUGGCAGGGAGAGUUCCGGGGGAGGAGCAGGCGGACCGGGAGGAGUCAGCGAGACCGCAGCUGCCAAGAUGCCGUCACAAUCGCUGCUGUAUGCCAAACUGCAGUCGGCCCGUGGCUAUGACAAUGCCUUGGUGGGCGGUAGUGGGGCGGGCGCCAAGGAAACCAAAGGAUCUCCUUCUUCGGCCAGGAGGCAGACGGCGGGUGGUGGUGGUGGUGGUGGAGCUGCAAUGACCACGACAACACUGUCGCCAAUGGCAAGCGCCGCCCAAAUGGCAGCCAAGUCCUUUGAGGAGCUGGCCAUAUUUCCCAAUGGCACCGUUAACGAGGCUUAUCGACCGCUCAGCAUCUCCAUGUACCAUGUCCACCUGCACCGCUGGCUGGAGGUCUUUCCGCGGGAGCAACUGCUGGUCGUCAAUGGGGACCGCCUCAUCGAGGAUCCGGUUUCUCAGCUGAAACGCAUCGAGGCUUUCUUGGGCAUCGAGCAUCGGGUAAACAGCGAGCACUUCUACUUCAACGAGACCAAGGGUUUCUACUGCCUGCGCUACGACAACGGUGAUCGCUGCCUGCGGGAGACGAAGGGAAGGAAACAUCCGCAUGUGGAUCCCGUGGUGGUCUCCAGAUUGCGAAAGUUCUUCGCCGAGUACAAUCAACGCUUUUACGAGCUGGUGGGUGAGGAUCUGGGCUGGCCGGAGGAAUAAACUAGGACGGCAAAUAGAAACUACUUCGCUGGGCUGGUUGCCAAUAAAUCUGCCGUUCGGUCAAUCGUUUGGUCCGCUGUGCAGGCAAUUUAAUUACAAGGAGCCAUCCAUUGCGAAAAGCAAGAGCAAAAAGCGACACAAAGUUAUCCCGGACAUUCCGUUGCCAUUUUCCGUUGCAUAUUUUUGCGAAGGGCGGUUCGCAGUAUUUCUGCCUGGCCGAGUCGAGCAGCUCUGACAGUUCAAUUAUGUGCGCGUAUUGAAAAAUUGCAUUCCUAUUUGCACAGCCCAGCCCAGCCGCCCACUUACCAUCACCACCGCCACAUGCAAAUUUGCCUUUACACCAGCAAAGAACAAGGGGAAGAACAAGGAGCAAAAAAAAAGAUAUAUAGUAAAAUAAACUGCACGCAUUUUGGUGUGCAGCGGGCCAUGAAAAUGUGUGUGCAAGAAUGAGGCAUACAUAUCGUAUAUAUAUCGCAUAUAUAUCGUAUAUAUAUAGCGAAAUGAAAAGCAAUAUCUACAUGAUGUUCGAAGGUUACACGAUUUCUACAUGUUUAUUCUCUCUCUCUCUUUUUGUGUGUGAGUGAAUUCGAGUGUUUGACAGCAUAAAAAUUAAUUAAGCAACUAAAUGUGAUUUUAUAGCAAGUAAGCAUAGGACAAAUUGAAAAUGAUUGCGAUGGAUGGUCGUGGCUAUAUGGAGAUUGAAAGAGAGGGAGGGAGAGGGAGAGAGAGAGAGAGCAUAAGGGGAAUGAAGGGGCAAUUAAAAAUGUAUUUAGACUAACAGUCGGCUGAAUUAAAUGUGUGCGUACAGAAACAUGAACAAAACUAAACAUAUCACAUUUAGCAUAGUAUAGAAUAGUAUAUACACAGCAUAUCAGGGGUACUCGAGGUCCUCAAGCAACUUGAAUACUGAAUAUGAUUGAACUAAUGCAAUUCGUACGUUAUGUUACAUAUCGAAAGCUAAACCAACCAUGAAAUCGAAACAUAUCAGCUGCAAUCGUCGGCAAAUAUACAAGAAAUAUAUAUACAAGCAUAUCUAUAUAUUAUAUACAAACGUAUCGUAGACCAUAAGUCGAGCAUCAAAUUUGUUGUAAAUGACUUUGAUUUUGACCUAGUUUGUAGUGCGCGAUGUGUCAUGGAACCGUCAUAGACAAACUUAUAGUUGAAUAUUGUAGUAUCCUAGGUUAAUAUCGCACUGCCUAAACCAAAAGAAUAGUUAUGUCUGUUUAGAUAAUUAUACUGCACCCACUUAGGUGAUAAGUUUAUCAAAGAUAGUUUUUUAAUGCAUUUUUAAGCCAGAUUAUUUUAUAUUCCUAAAGAGAGAAAACCAUAUCAAUUACGUCAACUCUACCUAUAGAUACACAUAAUAUAUAUACACUUAUCAGCUGUUUGGCUAACGUUUAAACAUUUCGUAUACAUAUCAAACUUAAUGUGAAAAACUCAACUUAGGCUAACACUUUUCGUGACGAUCCAUCCAAUUUCGGUUUACGCCAACAUAUACACGUAUAUAUGUACACAAGGAUAUAUACCUCCCUCUUUGGUUCGAGUACCAGUUCUUAGGGAUCUUCAGCACAGAGCUCGACUAGCGCUUAAUCAAUACUAAACAGAAAAUAGACUAUGGAAAUGUAUCAACCUUGUUUUACAGUGUAUCUCCUUAUAUACAUCCUACGCUGAUCUUUUAACGACAAAGGAACCACGAAAGGAAUGAAACUAACCAAGCAAUAUAAAUUCAAAGCAAGACUGAAGGUCCUCCGCAGAAUAUUUGAUUCUCCUUAUAUUUUGUCAAUCACUAAUUCGAUUUAAAUUCUGUAAACCAACCAAAAACCAAUAUAGUAGCAAAGACAACGAACAUUUCUAAUUUGUUUAUAUUUUUAUACAGAAGCGAAAAGUACAUUAACCGAAAUCCAGGAAACUAAAAACAAAAUGGAACCAAUUUCCGUUUUAAAAUAUAUUAAAGUAAUGCGAAAUUAUAUAUUAAUAUACUCAAAGAGCAAUUUGUAGUCACAUUUUGUCCUUGAACUUGAACUACGCCAAUUGCAUACAAAAUACAUAUCAAAAGUUUAACUCAACUCUAGAUCCUCCAUUGAUAUUAAUAUAUUGAUAUUAUUGAUGUAUUGUCUACUUAAAUUGAACGUGCAAAACUCAACAACUAUAAUGUACCUUAAAAAUCAACUCUCUAUUUCUUUAACUUUAACUUAAACUCUAACGAUAACUCAACUCUUGCAACUUAUUCAAACUUUCAAUGUACAUACGAAAAGUAUUCAAAAAAUUAUGAAAAAAUAAAUCUACUAAUAACGACGGAAAAUCGAAUAGAAAUUCAACAAAUUGUAAGAAAACCAACAAGAAUUAACAUUUUAUGCUAUGAAAAAUUUUACGCAUGCAAUAAAUAAAUGUAAUUCGAAAAA